AGAAGUGUCAAUUUUCUUCACUUCCUCAAACCUUUCCUUAGGUUAACGACUUCUUAACCAGUCACAACUAUUCAAUCCUACAGUUAUAUAUGUCAUCUGUUUAUAGCCAUACUGUAGCCAAGAUUAGAUGGGACCUGGGUCUAGGGACAGUCCCUACAUACAUCCGGAUUUUCAACUGUAGAAGUCAAAGCGAGCGAGCGAGAUUGAUACCCACUGAGACAGCGCCGAUCACAACAAUGCUUAAACCUAGGGCUUAAAGAACACGUUACUGAAAUAAAACGAGAUAUGCGCGUGAACGCGAGCGGGGAGGCCGCCGUGCCUCAACUGAUGUCUACCGUGCAGCUACUCACGUGGAACCGCGAGCUCCUGGUCUCACAGGUGAAGAGCACGCAGUGCAUCCUGGACAACCUGCUGAAGAGCGGCUUCUUCUGCCAGGAGGACGUGGAGACGGUGCAGCCUGCUGUCACCAAGGCGGACCAGGUGCGUAAAAUCUUGGAGCUUGUCCAAAGCAAAGGAGAGCCGGCCUGCGAAUAUUUCUUAUACAUUCUCUACAAAGUUUACGACGCCUACAUCGACCUCCAGCCAUGGCUUCAGGAGAUCAACUAUCAGCCACCGGACUUCAUACAGGAGAUACCCGUGGUCAACACAGACCCUAUCAGUCGCUACUGUGAGAAGUUAAGGCACGAGCUGCGGCGGGACACCCGCUUCAUCGCCUCGUACUCCCAGAGGGAGGAGACGCUGCUGGAGGAGCUCUACACCGACACCCAGAUGGAGCUGCUGGACGGACACAAUGAGAGCCUAGGCUUCCUGGAGAGCCUGGAUCAGCUCCUGGGGGAGCCCGGGGUCUUCAACCCAGAGGCCGAGACGGUCUUCGUGACCGGGGACGCCGGCGUGGGCAAGUCCCUCCUCUUGCAGAAGGUCCAGAACCUGUGGUCGAAGAGAGAGCUACGGACAGACACCAUGUUCUUCUUCAAGUUCCGCUGCAGGAUGUUCAGCACCUUUAAGAAGACGGAUGAGAUCUCCCUCAGAGACCUGCUCUUCAAUCACAACUGCUACCCAGACUGGGACCUGGACAACGAGGUGUUCGGGUACAUCCUUCGCUUCCCGGAGAAGGUUCUCUUCACAUUCGACGGCUACGACGAGGUCCAGGGGGAUCUGGAUCUGGUGAAUGUGCCGGAGGUGGUCUCGCCAGAGGAGAAGAGCCACCCUCUCCUGCUGCUCAUCAGCCUGCUCUGUGGGAAGCUCCUCAAGGGCUCCCGGAAAGUCCUGACCGCUCGGACGGGGACGGAGGUCCUGGCCAAAGUGAUCCGAAAGCGGGUAGUUCUCCGGGGCUUCUCCCUGGCCCACCUGAAGACCUACACGUCCCUGCACUUCAAGGAACAGGAGCACAGAGACCUGGUGUGGGUCCAGCUGGACGCCAGCCCCCACCUGUGCGGCUUGUGCUCCACCCCCCUCUUCUGCUGGAUCGUCUUCAAGAGCUUCAAGCACCUGCACACCAUGUACGACGACUUUGAGCUGCCCGAGACCUGCAUCACCCUCACCAACAUCUUCCUCCUGCUGUCCGAGGUCUUCCUCAGCCGCUCGGCACUGCCGCCGACGGGGAUGCUGAAGAGGAGCACCAGGUGCGCCGCCGAGACCCUCCAAGCCGGAUCGCGGCCGCUGGCGGCGUUCGCCAAGCUGGCCUUACUGGGCUUGGAGAAGGGAGGCUUCGUGUUCAGCCUGGAGGAAGCCGUGUCCUGUGGGCUGGCAGAAGCAGACUUGCACGUGGGCUUCCUCCGGCCCGUCGGCUGCUACGACGGGACCGGUUCCACGGACGCGUUUGAGUUCCUCCACCUCACUUUGCAGUCCUUCCUGGCAGCCUUUGCCCUGGUGCUGGAGGAGCAGGCUGGGGUGAGCUCCAUGCUGAGGUUCUUCACAGAGUGCAGCCGGAAGAAGGACGCUUCCUGUUUGCCGUGGGCCUCCUGUGUCCGGAGAUCCUCCAAGCCCAGAGGAACAGACCCAUUCAAAACCAAAGACCACUUGCAGUUUGCCAACCUCUUCCUCUGCGGGCUGCUGGCCAAGGCCAACGCAGGCCUGUUGGAGCACUUGGUGUCUCCGGCGUUGCUGGACAGGAAACGCUCGGUCCUCAAGUCCUACCUUUCCACCAGCAUCAGGUGCCACCUGCGAGGCCUUCCGGUCCACACCACAGAAAACGAGGGCAGCAAGGUGCAUGUUCUGCCCAACUUCCUGUGGAUGCUCAGGUGCAUCUUUGAGACAGGAAGUAGAGAGGUGGCUCAGCUGACAGCCAAGGGCGUCACGGCGAGCUACAUCAAGCUGGGGUACUGCAACGUCUACUCUGGGGACUGCAGCGCCCUGAACUACGUGCUGCAGCACAGGAAGAAGAGGCUCGGUCUGGACAUGGACAACAACAACAUCAGCGAUUAUGGAGUCAAGCAACUGCAGCCCUCGCUCUGUACCAUGACUGUGGUGAGGUUAUCUGUCAAUCAGAUCUCCGACAGCAGCAUUGAGAUCCUGGCCGAGGAGCUGACCAAGCACAAAGUGGUGGAAGUAUUAGGACUCUACAAGAACCUCAUCACAGACUUGGGAGCCAAGCUGGUCGCUCAGAUGAUUGAGGAAUGUCCGAAACUACGAACAGUCAAGAUUGGCAGCAACAAGAUCACCAGUGUGGGAGGGAUCUACCUGGCCCAGGCCGUCCAGAAGAGCUCCUGCAUCUUUGAUGUUGGGAUGUGGGGGAACACUAUUGGAGAUGAGGGGGCUGUGGCGUUUGCAGAGGCCUUGAGGCAUCACCCCAGCCUGACCAACUUGAGCCUCUCAGCCAAUGGCAUUACCUCAAGGGGGGGGAGGAGCCUGGCCCAAGCAUUGAAGGAAAACACGGUUCUCAGGAUCUUCUGGCUUGUGCAGAAUCAGCUGACUGAUGAUGUGGCACCAGACAUGGCAGAACUAAUCAAAGCCAAUACAGGACUCUCACACUUAUGGCUGAUCAACAACCAGCUGACUGUGGCGGGAAUGCACAUCCUGUCUGACGCCCUGUCCCACAACACGGCCCUCAAAGAGAUCUGUGUGAAGGGGAACAGAGUGAGCCAAGAGGAAGAGGCGUUGUUCAAGGAGCAGCCCCGGCUUCGCUUCCACUGAGGGGAUGUGGCGAGCGUGGACUGAGCAUGCUCGGAGGAGAGCCAGGGGACUGGAUGCAGUUCUGCUUUUUAAAUGAUGAUUAUUAUGAUUAUAUUUAUCAUUCAAGUAUGUGUGCCUGCUGUGCAGUCUGGGGUAAAAAGGAGGGGGGGGGGGGUCUGAGAUGAAAGCCGAAGCCCCUGUAAGUAGGAUGCCGUUGUGUUAAGCAGCAGCUGUGUAAAAGCCUCUGACCCAGCUGGGACAUAAGGGUUGCGCUGUACUUCCACCCUGUGGAGAACACUCCACACAGACAGCUCUGCUGAAGCCUGAACACAGCCGUCUGAAUCAGGUGUGCUGGAGCAGGGAAACAUCCAGAGCAACCCUGAGGACCAGAGCAGACCUCUGCUGUACAGGGAGUGUAUGUGUGGCAGGUCCAGUAGGGUUGUGCAAGCGAGAGGAAGUUGAAUGUGUUUCCACAGACUGGCAGACACCACUGAAACUAACCAACACUCAACCACACCAAGCUUUUAAAAGAUCUGCUCUUUUAAUUUCAUUUUCUGUACAUAAUUUUUUUGUUGUAGUUUUUGUUUGACAUGAAUGGAAUGUUAUAACAUAUACAGUAUACUGUGUCUAAAAAAUCUCUUGAAAUAAAAAGAUGAAUGUUUUCUAGGCAUGUACUGUUGGGUGGGUUACAGAAGUACCUUAAGAUGAUGAGCCACAAUAAAAGGGUUUUUAUUCACAAUCUUAUGAUGACAUCUUUCAUUCAAGUUAAUCUAUUUUCUAAGCAUUCAUCUUCCUGUCAUAGUGUGCAUGUGUAGCUGGUGUGGUUUCAUGUCAUGGUUUUGUCUUAUCCAUGUUUGCAGUAAUGUUCAAAUUUUGUGUUAAUGCAAAGAAGGAUUUACAUUUAGUCAUUUAGCAGACGCUCUUAUCCAGAGCGACUUACAGUAAGUACAGGGACAUUCACCCCGAGACAAGUAGGGUGAAGUGCCUUGCCCAAGGACACAACAUCAUUUGACACGGCGGGGAAUCAAUCCGGUAGCCUUCUGAUUACUAGCCCGACUCCCUCACCGCUCAGCCAUCUGACUCCCAACUCCCAAGGAGUUGGGCAAAACAAUGACAUGAAAUCACACCAGCUACACAUGCAGCUACACAUGUAUAUUAGAAAUAUACCAUCCAGUCAAGCUUUACCCAAUCACAUGCUAGGAUCAAUACAGGAUAUUAUUGAUCAUCUUUUAACCUUGAUCACCCUCUCCCUGUCAAACAAAGCCCAUCGUUCUGUUACUACGGGCAACAAUCAUCAGGUAAACACCUUGUUGCCAAGGUGGUUGUGGAUAGGUGUUGACCCUCUAGGAUUGAUAUGGGCUCAGAGAAAGCAGAGUAACAGACAUCUGGUUGAACAUACAUUGACCCCCUCGGCUUACAACACACACAUACAAAUGGGAUAAUAAAAGGUGCUUGACGUCUUACAACUCAUAUAAGGCUGUCCUGGCAGUCCAGUGUGUCUCCUGAGUCCCUCCCUCCCUCCCUCCCUCCCUCCCUCCCUCCCAGAGAUCAACACAGGACACAAACGAUGCUUCACAAUCAUGAGCUGUUGCGCUACAUUUUUUUUUGAAGAGAAACAGAUUUCUUUAAAGGUGAGGUUCAAGCCUCGGGUUACUGGGGACUUAGGGAGGCUGUUGUUUUCAUAUACGCUGUACACCAAACAGGAACCCCCACCAGGAGACAACUUUCACACAUGAGAACAAGGUUCUCCACAACAUUGACCCCAUGAAAAGGAGAAGCAGCAUUAGUUUUUUUUACAGGAACACGAUGUAAGCCAGCUGAAUCAGGAGUAAGAGGAGAUAACCCAGCAGUUAGCAUUGAUGAAACAUGAAAAUACACUUUGGAAACCUGCGAGAAUACACCCAAACAAUACAGAUCUUCUAAAUUGGGCUGUUUAAUUAUUCUUUAACUACUGAAACACCUUUGGACGUGCCAUGAAGAUUCAGCUUACGGUGACAGGUUAUAUGCGGGAAUCCAACAUCAUUACAGACUGAGCUAGAGGAUACAUCACUAAACACAGCUGUAAAAUCACCCGGGGCCGUAAAAUCACCUGGGGCUGAAAUCGAAGAUGACGCACUGAUUUUAAAAAGCUUUGACUUUAAAAUGUCACCUAGGCGUAUAUAUUUUCUUUUACUUCCAUGACUAAUCUGGAUAAAUCUAGGUCGAAACCACUCAACGAUUAGCAGCGUAUUCGUAGAAAGCUUUAAAACCUUUAAAAGAAGAAAUGUUUCAAGGCCUUUUUAAUAAGAGAGACGCUGAAAUGGGAUGUUUCUUUUUAGAUGAUGUGCAAAUAAAAAAAAUGAGGAUUAAAGGGAGAGUCAGCGCAUACUCCAACCACAGUUUUGUCAAACUGACUCAUGAAGUCAUAAAGAUCGUAUCUCACCAUGAAGCUGAAAUCAGGACAUGUUAACUUUGACUCUGAGAAAAUCCCAUAAACCUAUUACAUCCUUAUUUAAACCGUCAUAAACAACAGCCUCAGUAACGUUUCUUUUGAAUUUGACAGUGGACUAUCCCUUUAAGUGGUCAUAGAGGGGCCCGACAUUCAAAUGCCUCAUUAGCAUCUUGUUCUACUGCUGGCUCCCCACCAGUUAGGAGGAAGGGUCUCCUGGUGCCUCCA